CCGCCAUAAAGUCGUGUGAGGUGACCGUUACGUAAUUGUGAGUCUGUGAGAGAAGAUGUGAAGUAUGGCCUCGUCCCUGUCAUCUGGGCGUGGGGGUCCCGGCUUUUGAUCGCACGUUUGUGUAGGACAGUUUCUCUUCAAAAAGAGGGAUCAGAAGGAAAAAAUGAGCAAUCAGCUCACUGCAGCACUACUCCUGCCUCAGCCUCCCAAUUAGCAUGGGACUACACGUGGCUAAUUUUUUGUAAAGACAAGUUCUCACUGUGUGGCCCAGGCUGAUCUCAAACUCCUAGGCUCAAGCAAUCCUCCCACCUUGGUCUUCCAAAGUGUUGGGAUUACAGGCAUGGGACAGGGCACCUUGACAAAAAUCACUUUUAAACUUUAAAGUCAUGUCCCAAGAAUCAGUUGAAUGAUGAAGAUCCUUAGUCUGAUCUACUCCAAGAGGGAUUUCAGCUGGGUCCCAUCUGUUGCCAUUUGGAAUAUUAAAUAGUUUGCCAAGGAUAGAAACUAAGUCUGUGCAAGAACAUAGAGAGAGUCAGAAUGGUCACGCUUCUACACCUCCUCCUCCCCACUCACUUCUUCCCCAAGUCAUUCUUCGAUUCCAAGGGCAAGGUGAGCUACCUGUGGAAUGUAAGUAUGGACUAUUUUUUUGUCUGUCCUGAAUGCCAGCACUUUAGGAGCAGUGAAAAGUAGAUUCAGUAACAUGAGAAUAUUAGAAAACCUGGUUAUAGGCUACAGUGUCAUAUACUAGAUAAUCUCCUGGUGUUACCCUAGAGAAUACUCAGUCUUCAUUAGUUAAAUAGAUCUCUGCUGCACCCACUGUGAAAUACUGGACAUUGAGUUGCCCAUGUGGGAAGCAGCUGAAUUACAAUCACAAUUCAGAGGGAAUAUGGAUUUGAUGCUUACUUUUUUUUUUUCCUUUUUUUUGUGAAAUUUUGGUCAUGAUGGCCCAUGAACAAAAAUGUGGUAUAUAUAAGGUAAAAAUUAGAUAAAGAAAACAUUAUAUAUGUAAUGUAAUGAUAAUUUAAUACAUAGUAUGAUAAUGGAAAUAUCCCUUACUUCCUUGGUGGGUUGAAUGAGGACAGAAGAAUCAAAAUAACCUCUUGUUACUGGUUGAAUUUUGGCUGCCCCAAAUUUUGCAUGUUGAAGUCCUAACUCCCAGUAUCUCAGAAUGACUGUAUUUGGAGAUAGGAUUUUUACAGAGUUAAUUAAGUUAAAAUGAGUUUGUUAGGGUGGGUCCUAAUGCACUCUGACUAGUCUCCCCAUGUCUCCAUGGGUUUUCUCUGGGUACUCCAGAUUCCUCCCACAUCCCACAGAUGGGCACAAGAAGUUAACUGGUAGGUCUAGGUUGUCCCAGUCUGAGUGAGUGUGGGUGUGUAGUAGGCUACACCAACUAGGUUUGUGUAAGUACACUCUAUGAUGUUUGCACAACAAAAUUCUUAGGAAAUUGCCUAAGAACUCAUUUCUCAGAAUGGAUCUCCAUCCUUUAGUGAUGUAGACUGUAUUUUCAUACUGUAAAUAGUCCCCUUGUGGUAGAUUUCAAUCUACGAGUAUGACAUCACUGAAUGUGGAGUUAGAAAGAAAGGUACAGUUCAUGGCUCACAGUUCCUACAGCUCUUUUAAUUUCCUAAAUGACUACAGCAAUAAAGUAUCUUUUGUUAAAAUAUCUGGCCUUUUGUUCUUGGUUCCUGAAAAAGCUCCAGAACAGCUCCAGAGCCAUAAACGUGAAAGACAGUAUUUCAACCACACAUGAGUUUAUGUUAAUGAGGUGAUUUUUGGAAACUCACAAGAUAAUCCCAAUAUUUGAGGUGAGUGGUGGCUAGUUGCCAGAGGAACCAGCCAUGUGCUCAGAGGAUUGGAACUCACAGCUCCACCCUCUACUUCCGGGAAAAGAGAGGCUGAAAAUUGAGUUGAUUGCCAGUGGCCAAUGAUUUAAUCAAUCACAUCUACAUAAUGAAACCUCCAUAAAAACCGAAAAGGCCUGAGUUCAAGCGGCUUCCAAGAAGGUAGACAAAAAUACAUCCUCAUGCUGGGAGGGUGGUGCACCCCAGCUCCACGGGCACAGAAGCUCCUGCACUAGGGAUUCUCUUGGACCUUGCCCUACAUGUCUCUUCAUCUGGCUAUUAUUUGUAUCCUUUAAAAUAUCUUUUAUAAUAAACCAGUAAACAUAAAUGUUUCCCUGAGUUCUGUGAGCUGCUCUACCAAAUUAAUGGAACCCAAGGAGCCGGUUGUGGGAGCCCUAAUUUAUAGCACAUCUCUCUGAAACACAGGUACAACAAUCUGGAGUUUGGAAUUGGCAUGGGAAGUGGGGGACAGUCUUGUGGGACUGAGCUGUCUAACCUGUAGGAUCUGAUGCUCUCCAGGUAGCGUCAGAAUUGGAUUGGAGUAGAGGUCACCUGGCUAGUGUCUGCUGCAGAAAGGUUGUUUUGAGAUGUUAAGACAUUAUAAGAGACAAUAGAAAAAAAUGUAUACGAUACAACCUUCUCUGUGUUAUAUUUCUCCAUAGCCCUUUUUACUGUUCAUCAGACUAUUUAUCUAACUUAUGGAUUUGUGGCUUGUCUGUCUCCACCUCAAAGUAAAUUAUAUAAUAAGAAGGCAGGGAUUUUUUUUCUCUGCUGUAUCUCCCUGAAUUGCUUUACCUUAUUUGUCUCACCUUCCCAUACUAAUUCUACAGUUUUCCUAGUAAGGGCUAGUCCCCUAAAACAGGGACCAUAUCCAUUCUGUUAAGGGGCGGAACGCGGUUCAAUCCUAGCGGACUGGUUCCAAAAACUUCGUGUUAUUCACUGCCUCUGAGCAGUGAUAUUCCUAUUUUGCAGCUGAGAGAGGUAUUAAUUUGCUAGAGUCACAACACAGUAGGGGUUCCGAGUCGCUGUUCUUAUUCCAAAAUAAGCUUAGCACAGAAAGAUAAUCACAUUCCCACGGACAGGUACAGAAGGCCGCGCUCCGAAUGACAUCGCGAUCAUAGAGGCACCGACAGCGUCACAAAGCCGCACACAUGCUCACCCCGAAGGCUCAGCCAUCGCGCGCUUAACUCCCAGUCCCCAGAAACCGGUAACUAGGGACUCUUCUGGUCUCUAGGCGAAAGGGUGGGCGGGGGAGAGCGCAAUCUUUGCGCCUGCGCACACUCCGCUCUUGCCCGCCGGAAACCCUGGGCCACGCCCACCGGGCAUAAUCACGUACUGCGCAGGCACCACCCGCUCCGUCUCUAAGGUCCCUCCCACUCCCACAGCAGCCCGAGGACAAGCCCCUCAGCGCUAGGCCACGCCUCCUCUCCGCCCGUCACGUCCGACCCCUGAAGAGAGGCUGGCGCCUGCGCGAUGGAGGUUCCGGCGUCGACUCAAGAAGUCCUUCGGAUGAGAGCUUCUGGGUGCCAGACGAGGCCGGGGCCUUGCCUUCCCAAGACACUGCUCUUCAAGAGAAAGACCAGAAGAGAAGGCAAAAAUGAAUGUUGAAGUAGUAAAAGUCAUGCCCCAGGACUUAGUGACAUUCAAGGAUGUGGCAAUAGAUUUUUCCCAGGAAGAAUGGCAAUGGAUGAACCCUGCUCAGAAGCAUUUAUACAGGAGUAUGAUGUUGGAGAACUAUCAGAGCCUGGUAUCACUUGGUCUUUGCAUUUCUAAGCCAUAUGUGAUCUCCUUAUUGGAGCAAGGGAGAGAGCCUUGGGAGAUGACAAGUGAGAUGACAAGAAGCCCAUUCUCAGAUUGGGAAUCUAUAUAUGAGACACAGGAAUUACCUCUGAAGCAGUUCAUGUAUGAUGAUGCAUGCAUGGAGGGAAUUACAAGCUAUGGACUUGAGUGUUCCACUUUUGAAGAAAACUGGAAAUGGGAAGACCUUUUUGAGAAGCAGAUGGGAAGUCACAAUAUUUUUAGCAAGAAAGAAACAAUCACUCAUAAAGAAACCCUCACUAAGGAAACAGAAUUCAAAUAUACUAAAUUUGGGAAAUGUAUCCAUCUGGAAAACAUAGAAGAGAAUAUUUAUAAUCACACAUCAGAUAAAAAAAGCUUCUCCAAAAAUUCUAUGGUAAUAAAACACAAGAAAGUCUAUGUAGGAAAGAAGCUUUUUAAAUGUAAUGAAUGUGACAAAACCUUCACCCAUAGCUCAUCCCUUACUGUUCAUUUUAGAAUUCAUACUGGUGAAAAACCAUAUGAAUGUGAGGAAUGUGGAAAAGCCUUCAAGCAAAGGCAACACCUUGCUCAACAUCACAGAACACAUACUGGAGAGAAACUCUUUGAAUGUAAAGAAUGUAGGAAAGCCUUCAAACAAAGUGAACACCUUAUUCAACAUCAAAGAAUUCAUACUGGAGAAAAGCCAUAUAAAUGUAAGGAAUGUAGAAAAGCCUUCAGACAGCCUGCACACCUUGCUCAGCAUCAGAGAAUUCAUACUGGAGAGAAACCCUAUGAAUGUAAAGAAUGUGGCAAAGCCUUCAGUGAUGGCUCAUCUUUUGCUCGCCAUCAGAGAUGUCACACUGGGAAAAGACCCUAUGAAUGUAUUGAGUGUGGGAAGGCUUUUAGGUAUAACACAUCUUUUAUUCGUCACUGGAGGAGUUAUCAUACUGGAGAGAAGCCUUUUAAUUGCAUUGAUUGUGGGAAAGCUUUCAGUGUUCACAUAGGACUUAUUCUGCAUAGGCGAAUUCAUACAGGAGAGAAACCUUACAAAUGUGAUGUGUGUGGAAAAACCUUCAGCUCUGGUUCAUCCCGUACUGUACAUCAGAGAAUUCACACAGGAGAGAAACCUUAUGAAUGUGAUAUAUGUGGGAAAGAUUUUAGCCAUCAUGCAUCACUCACUCAGCAUCAAAGAGUACAUUCUGGAGAGAAACCUUAUGAAUGCAAGGAAUGUGGGAAAGCCUUUAGGCAGAAUGUACACCUUGUUAGUCAUUUGAGAAUUCAUACUGGUGAAAAACCCUAUGAAUGUAAAGAAUGUGGAAAAGCUUUUAGAAUCAGUUCGCAGCUGGCUACUCAUCAGAGAAUUCAUACUGGAGAGAAGCCUUAUGAAUGUAUUGAAUGUGGAAAUGCUUUCAAACAGAGAUCACACCUUGCCCAACAUCAGAAAACUCAUACAGGAGAGAAACCUUAUGAGUGUAAUGAAUGCGGGAAAGCCUUCAGCCAAACUUCCAAUCUUACUCAACAUCAAAGAAUUCAUACUGGAGAGAAACCCUAUAAAUGUACUGAAUGUGGAAAGGCUUUUAGUGAUAGCUCAUCCUGUGCUCAACAUCAAAGACUCCACACUGGCCAAAGGCCCUAUCAGUGUUUUGAAUGUGGGAAGGCAUUCAGAAGAAAGUUAUCCUUAAUUUAUCAUCAAAGAGGUCAUACUGGAGAAGAACCUUAAGAAUGUAGUGCAUGUGGCCAAGCCUUUAGUUAUCGUCAAUCCUUUACUGUUAAUCAGAGAUGUCCCACUGGUUGAAAAACAUAAACGUAAGAAAUGUAGAAAAACCUUCAGCCAGAGGCUGGCAAGAUGGCCGAAUAGGAACAGCUCUGGUCUGCAGUUCCCAAUGAGAGCAACACAGAAGGUGGGUGAUUUCUGUAUUUCCAACUGAGGUACCCGGCUCAUUUCAUUGGGACUGGUUAGACAGUGGGUGCAGCCCAUGGAGGGCGAGCCGAAGCAGGGUGGGGCGUAACCUCAUCUGGGAAGUGCAAGGAGUCGGGGAUCUCCCUCCCCUAGCCAAGGGAAGCCAUGAGGGACUGUGCCAUGAGGAAUGGUGCACUCUGGUGCAGAUACUAAGCUUCUCACAUGGUCUUCGCAACCCAUAGACCAGGAGAUUCCCUUGGGUGCCUAUGCCACCAAGGUCCUGGGUUUAAGCACAAAACUGGGCGACCAUUUGGGUAGACACCAAGCUAGCUGCAGGAGUUUUCUUUGAUACCCCAGUGGCACCCGGAACGCCAGUGAAACAGAACCACUUACUCCCUUGUUAAGGUGGCCGAAGCCGGGGAGCCAAGUGAUCGAGCUAAGUGGGCUCAUGCCCACUGAGCCCAGCAAGCUAAGAUCCACUGGCUUGAAAUUCUUGCUGCCAGCACAGCAGUCUGAAGUCGAUCUGGGAUGCUCAAGCUUGGUGGGGGAAGGGGCAUCUGCCAUUACUGAAGCUUGAAUAGGUGGUUUUCCCCUCACAGCAUAAACAAAGCCACGGGGAAGUUCUAGCUGGGCAGAGCCCUUCACAGCUCAGCAAAGCCUCUGUAGCCAGACUGCCUCUCUAGAUUCCUCCUCUCUGUGCAGGGCAUCUCUGAAAAAAGUUCAGAUAAAACCCCCAUCUCCCUGGGACAGAGCACAUGGGGGAAAGGGGUGGCUGUGGGCACAGCUUCAACAGACUUAAACGUUCCUGCCUGCCAGCUCUGAAGAGAGCAGCAGUUCUCUCAGCACAGCGCUCGAGCUCUGCUAAGGGACAGACUGCCUCCUCAAGUGGGUCCCUGACCCCCAUGCCUCCUGAUGGGAAGACACCUCCCAGGAGGGGUCCACAGACACCUCAUACAAGAGAGGUCCAGUUUGCAUCUGGUGGGUGCCCCUGUGGGACAAAGCUUCCAGAGGAAGGAACAGGCAGCAAUCUUUGCUGUUCUGCAGCCUCCACUGGUGAUACCCAGGCAAACAGGGUCUCGAGUGGACCUCCAGCAAACUCCAGCAGACCUGCAGCAGAGGGGCCUGACUGUUAGAAGGAAAACUAACAGAAAGGAAUAUCAUCAACAUCAACAAAAGGACAUCCACACAGAAACCCCAUCUGAAGGUUACCAGCAUCAAAGACCAAAGGUAGAUAAAUGCACAAAGAUGGGGAGAAACCAGUGCAAAAAGGCUGAAAAUUCCAAAAACCAGAAUGCCUCUUCUUCUCCAAAGGAUCACAAUUCCUCGCCAGCAAGGGAACAAAACUGGAUAGAUAAUGAGUUUGACAAAUUGACAGAAGUAGGCUUCAGAAGGUGGGUAAUAACAAACUCCUGUGAGUUAAAGAAGCAUGUUCUAAUCCAAUGCAAGGAAGCUAAGAACCUUGAAAAAAGGUUAGAGGAAUUGCUAACUAGAAUAACCAGUUUAGAGAAGAACAUAUGACCUGAUGGAACUGAAAAACACAUCAUGAGAACUUCGUGAAGCACACACAAGAAAAACCUUCAGCCAGAUUGAAUGCUUUACAUGGAAGAAUUCAUACUGCAAAGAGGUCUUAACAAUGUAAAGAAUGUGCAAAUGUCUUCAGAUGAAAUGCACACCUUGCUCAUCAGUGAGUUCAUUUCAGGCAUCCAGCUCUCCCUCACCCACUACAUCACCAAGUCCUGUGGAUAUAUCUGCUGAACACUUUUGGAAUUUAUCCACUUCUUUUCGUUCCCCAGUUCAAAACACAGUCAUUUCACCUUGACUAUUUCAGUCAUUACACAGGUGUCCAACCUUUUGUCUUCCCUGAGCCACAUUGGAAGAAGAAAAAUUGUCUUGUGCCACACAUACAAUACAGUAACAUUAACAAUAGCUGAUGAGCUAAGAAAAAAAAAGUCUAUGCAUAAUUUUAGUGAUACACCACCUCAAAUAAGCAUAAAAGUCCUCACAUUCAAUGGGUUGGAUACCCGUGAAUUCUAAGACUUCAUCCUCUUUUGUCCCUCUCGAGUUAACAUUACAGCCACAGUGACCCUUGAAAAAUGCAAAUUAAAUUACUCUCUUAAAACUCUAGUUAAAAUACUUGAUGUACAUAGGGUGCUUAGCAAAAUGAUCAGCUCAUACUAAGUGCUUGGUAAAUGUUAGAUAAGUAUUCUUCAGAGUUGAUGUAAGUUAUUUUUAAACAGUGUAUUCUUGAAAGCAGUUUGGCAAUCGUAAAAAUUUUGGAACCAAAACAGUAUCUUUUUUUAAACUAAAAAAAGUUUUAAAUGGGGUCUUGCUAUGUUGCCCAGGGUGAUCUCAAACUCCUGUGCGCAAGUGAUCCUCCCACCUCAUUCUCAAGUGGCUGGAAUUAUAGGCAACCAGCCUGACUUAAAACAGUAUCUUAAGGUAGAUGGUGAUUAGCACAUGUAGUACGCUUAACAUUUAAUAUUAUAAUAAAACAUCACAGUGGCUCUCUCAUGAUUAAGGCUGUGUUCCCUUGUUAGUGAGGAAAUUAAUUAUGAUUUGAUGCACAGAACAUGUUUUAAGAAGUGGCUAUAUAGCUCUGGAUAAAAUGAACAAAAGAAUUAGAAUUCCUGGGGAGAAUAUAUAAAAGACUGUAUUUAGUCAAGCAAAAACAAAACAAAACAAAAAAUUAAUGUUUAACUGAAGAAAGAGAAAUUGAGUAAUAUAGUUGUAUUUCAACAUGUGGGUUCACAGAUUUAGUCUAACCUUUCAAGGAUCCACUAGUAAAGUUGUUCUGGAGUGUAUUUUAAAAAAACACACACACACUUAAAAUGUUCCACUUCUUUCAUGAGGUUAAGUCAACUCUGAUAUCAAACCAAGGGGAAAAAAAUGAAAGUAUAGGUGAGUUUACUUAGUUAUAUACAAAAGGAAAUUAUUAGCCUCUACUGAUGGAGAACAGAGGCUCUGAAUAAAUGGAGAUCCAUAACAUGAUCCUAGAUGAAUAUUUCAAUAUUGUAAUCCAGUAGGUUACUUUUACAUUGACAGUUCUGAAAUUCAUGUUGAGUGUUAAUUAGGGAGCUAUCAGAAGGGAGAUUUUGUAGAAGGUCAUAUCCCAUGGGUUUUUUAUAUUGCAGAAGUGUUUUCGAUGUAUCAUUGGGGGAGAUUAAAUGUCUUUGACAGUUAUCCAACUGGAAAUAAAGUCAGCAUCCCAUUUUAUUACUUA